AGUACCAACCGAGUCAAGGGAGGCUGGGCCAACCUUGCCAGGACUGGGGCAGUGCUCCUGGCUCCUGGACCUCAGUCAGCCCUGUCUGUGGGUGAAGAGAAAGCUUUGUCGUAGCAGCCUGAGGAUGAUGCCCCAGCUUCAGUUCAGAGAUGCCUUUUGGUGCAGGGACUUCACAGCCCACACGGGCUAUGAGGUGCUGCUGCAGAGGCUGCUGGAUGGCAGGAAGAUGUGCAAGGACCUGGAGGAGCUGCUGAGGCAGAGGGCCCAAGCAGAGGAGCGCUAUGGGAAGGAGCUGGUGCAGAUUGCCCGGAAAGCAGGCGGCCAGACGGAGAUCAAAGCCACGCUCCAUGCAGCUCCCGGCACACACUCCCUGAGGGCCUCCUUUGACUCCCUGAAGCAGCAAAUCGAGGACGUGGGCAGCUCCCACAUACAGCUGGCCCUAGCCCUGCGUGAGGAGCUCCGCAGCCUCGAGGAGUUCCGAGAGAGGCAGAAGGAGCAGAGGAAAAAGUACGAGGCUGUCAUGGACCGUGUCCAGAAGAGCAAGCUGUCACUCUACAAGAAGACCAUGGAGUCUAAGAAGACAUAUGAGCAGAAGUGCCGGGAUGCUGACGAUGCCGAGCAAGCCUUCGAACGCAUUAGCACCAAUGGCCAACAGAAGCAGGUGGAAAAGAGCCAGAACAAAGCCAAGCAGUGCAGGGACUCGGCCACAGAGGCAGAGAGAGUGUACAGGCAGAACAUUGAGCAGCUGGAGAAGGUACGGGGAGAGUGGGAGCAGGAGCACCGGACCACCUGUGAGGCCUUCCAGCUGCAAGAGUUCGACAGGCUGACCAUCCUCCGAAAUGCCCUGUGGGUACACUGCAACCAGCUCUCCAUGCAGUGUGUCAAGGAUGAUGAGUUCUACGAGGAGGUACGGGUGACUUUGGAAGGCUGCAGAGUGGAGGCUGACAUCAACGGCUUCAUCCAAGCCAAGAGCACAGGCACUGAACCCCCAGCUCCAGUGCCCUACCAGAACUACUACGAUCGGGAGGUUGCCCUAUCAUCUGGCAGCCCUGGCAUACAACCGUCAUGUGGCAUGAUAAAAAGGUUCUCUGGGCUGCUGCAUGGAAGUCCCAAGACUGUUCCAUUGGCAUCAUCUGCAGCCUCCACAGACACCUUGACUUCCACCCCCAAUCAGAAUGAGGGUGUCUACGCCGCUGUCGCAGUGCAGGAGGCACCAGGACCCCCAAGCCUGCCAGCCCGGGACUACAGGGCGCUCUAUGACUACAGAGCCCAGAAUUCUGACGAGCUGGACAUCUCUGUGGGGGACAUCCUGGAGGUCCUCCUGGAAGGGGAGGAUGGCUGGUGGACAGUGGAACGGAAUGGGCAGCGUGGCUUCGUCCCUGGCUCCUAUCUGGAGAAGCUCUGAGGAAGGGACAACAGCCCUGACCUGGAUCUGCCCUGUCUGUUGGGCCAGCAGUGUCUACAUCACUGCAAGGCUGGGACCCCAAGACCAAGCCAGCCCUCCAACCCCAUGAGUGCUGGCUGUUUCCACAGCAGUCUCUCCUACUUGGAAUAAAGGCAUGCAUUCUUGCUC